AUGUCUGUAGAGAAUACACCGGAUCAAGAUGUCUCAAUUAAUUAUUCGUUUGAUUAUAAUGAUGAAGUUGUCCUUUGCAUUGAUGUAAGAAAAAAUCACUUAGGCUGUUCAGUGUUAAAUUGCCACACGAAAACUUUAAAGAUAUUAAAUCAAGAUUACCUAUUACAAUUACCUCAAACAAUGGCUGAAACUGCUCCGUUCAUUGAAGAUUUCACCAUUCUGAAUGAAGCCUAUCUAAUUUCGAAGUCUCUUAUUUUGGAAAAUUCUCCAACAUUAUGUUUAUUAUCUACCAGGUUGGAGGAAUCCCUUCACAAUGCAAUAGAAAAUAUUUGCAAGGAAAUUCAUUGUAGAAUUGAAUUACAAGGGGCUGAAACCUUUAAGAAAUCAAAAGAAUUAGAUUUAUUAGAAUUCCAAAGUUGUAAAAGUGCUACGUUUAGAGAAGAACUAAUUAAAGAUGAUUUACAAUCUGUGGGAACGACUAAUGCAACUGUCAAUUGUAUUAUCAAUAAUUAUAACAAACAUGCUGAAUUGGAUGAUAUAUCCACUAACACAUCCAGCAAUAUGAUUAUUGGACGAACUGAAAAUCCAAAUAGUUUCAUUAUAAAUAUCGAGCACAUGGAUUUAGCAAAUCGUGUAUUUCUUGACGAUGAUUCAAUUGCCGCUUUACAAAUCUUCCCCUCAAUUAAGAAAACAGGACACGAUAAAAUGCAAAAGGGGGCAUGCUUUAGUAUAUUAGAGUUACUAGAUCAUACUUCCUCAUCUCUUGCCACCAAACUUUUGAAAUCAUGGUUAGCAAGUCCACUAAGUUCCAAAGUACUCAUCGAAGGACGACUAAAAGUCGUCGAAAUUCUACUAGAAAAAAAUAAUAACAUUGUAUAUGAAGAUCUUCGAGAACAACUUAAGGGAUUGCCUGAUUUAUUUCGAAUUCUCAAUGCAAUACGUAAUGGGAAAACAACCUUAAGCACUUGGUUGUCAUUGUUAAGUUUUCUCCGGAAAGCAAUUGAUAUAUUCUACUUGGUGAAAUUAUUGAAAUAUGAUAAAGAUUCAAUGAAUAUAUUUGAGCAAAUUAGCCAAAGAAUCGACCCAGCUGAAAUGGAACUUCUGUUAAGAAAAAUUGAAACUACGAUUGAUAUUCGAACUUCAAAAGAAACUAAAACAGUUACAAUAUUUGAUGGAGUUAAUGAAGCCCUAGAUGAAUGCAGACAUGUUUAUAACGAACUUGAAAUUAUUUUGACGGAUGUUGCAAAAUGUGCAGAACAAUCUCUUCUGCAACUCCUUCGUGAAAGAAGCAAUAUUGCUACGCUGUUAGGUACCACGGUAAAUGCUGUGUAUAUUCCACAACUUGGUUACUUAGUAACGUUGUCAUCUUCCUUGGAAGAAGUCACAUCAAUUGCAGCCAGCUUGAAAUGGGAAGAAAUGUUUCGUACCACAACCAAUAUAUACUUCAAGAAUGAAGAUGUUAUUCAGAUGGAUGAAAAAUAUGGAGACAUAUAUGGUGCAAUUAUCGAUUUAGAGGUGGAAAUACUUCAAGGUUCACAAGAAAAUGUCCUUGCUAUACAGUCUAGUCUCACCGAAUAUUGUAACUUGCUCGCGCAAUUAGAAGUUCUAAUGUCAUUUGCUUACGUUUCUCAACUUCAAAACUAUUGUAGACCACAACUAUAUGAAGAUAAUUCUAUCUUAGAUGUAAGAAAUGGUAGGCACCCAUUAUACGAGACCUUGGUGGAGACUUACAUCGGUAAUGAUAUAUACUUAGAUGGUGGAAAUUUUGAUGACGAAAAUUGGUUUCAGACAAAUAAAAAAAGAAUAGUUGUCCUUACUGGGGCAAAUGCAUCCGGUAAAACGGUCUUUCUUACUCAAAAUGGCUUGAUCGUAUAUUUAGCCCAUAUAGGCUGUUUUGUACCAGCAGAUAGUGCCAAAAUUGGACUAAUUGACAAAAUUCUGACACGGAUACGUACUCGAGAUACAAUUUCGAGACAGGAAAGUACAUUCCAGCGAGAUUCUUUUCAAAUGGCCAAAUGUCUCUCAUUAGCCACUGAAAGAAGCCUCAUUUUAGUUGAUGAAUUUGGAAAAGGAACCGAUGUUAUUGAUGGCCCUUCUCUUUUUGCUGGGAUAAUCGCAUUUCUCUCGAAACUUCGCAGGUGUCCCAGGUUUCUUUCUUGCACUCAUUUCCAUGAAAUAUUUAGAGAUACCAUCUUACCAACUACUAUGCCAGGAGUGAAACAUUAUGCGACAGAGGUUAUGUUAGAUGGGAAAGUACCUGAUGAUUCCUUGCAUCUAGCAUCCGAAAAAGAUCUUGAAGAUGCGGGGAUAAUGUUUUUAUAUCGAAUCAAGGAAGGUAUUGCCAAACAGUCUUUUGGUGUAUAUUGUGCAAAAGUUUGUGGUAUAAAAACUGAGAUAGUAAGAAGAGCGCAAGAACUAUCAGCUCUUAUGGACAAAGGUUACAGUAUUGUAGAUCAUUGCAGCGCCUUAUCAGAGAAGGAAAUAAAAUCCUUCUAUGAAAACCAAGAAAUCCUCAAAAAAUUUUUAAGUUGGGAUGUAGAUCUAGAAACAAAUACCACGGAACUUCAAUUGUUGGAAAAACUAAAAACAAUAUUAGGAUCAAGUAAACAACAACUACUUGAUAAAUAA